CUCUUCUCGAAGUCUUUCAGUUUCCUGGAAUCACUGUCCAAUAAUCAAAUAAUGUGGACACUGUGAGUAUUAUCAUGCUUUUACAACAUAUUCAGUGAGUGAUAGACAAUGCAAAGUAGUCUACAGUGGAAACUUUAUGACGCUAUCUCUUUCACGCAUUUGGAGGCAUAUGCGGAGCAUCUUCAGUCUGCCACUUCAUGGUUCCUGGCUAAUCGAUUCCAGCUGAAUGAGGACAAGACCCAAAGGAUCAUCUGCAGCUUGUCACGUGAGCCGCGUGACCCUCAGAAUCCAGUGAAGCUGCUGGGUUUUGUCUUGGACAGCAAACUCAGCUGGAACAGUCAUAUACAGCAAGUAACUAGUCGACUCUCCCGCAUUUGCUUUCUGCUGCUCAAGAUGAGGGGCCUGGUGACUGAGAAGUACCUGAUAAUGAUGUAUCAUGCGCUCUUCCAUUGCCACAUUACCUAUGGCUUGCUUCUGUGGGGUCAUUCAGCGGGGGCUGCUGAUGUGCUGAGACUGCAAAAGAGGGCUAUAAGAAUUAUAACAGGCAGCGAUCAUCUUGCCCACUGCAAGCCCAUCUUUGCUCGCCUUGGUGUACUGUCUGUCUUCAGCCAUUACAUCCUCCUGUGCUUGGUGUAUGUCAAGAAGAUACAGCAUACUCUAGCUGCCCGUAGUGACAUCCACCGCCACAACACCAGGCGCAGUGAGCUGUUGGAUAUCCCCAGGAGACGCCUCCACCGAUCACAGGCCAGUUACAGGAUUUCAGCCCUGAAAUUCUACAACAAGCUGCCUAAUAGUGUGAAGCAAUUGGAUGAGGCCGCCUUCAGGAGAACCGUCCGGAAGCUACUGUGUGCAAAGGCAUACUACAGUGUGAACGAAUUUAUGGGUGAUAAUUUGAAUUUUUAUUGAGAGCGUGAGCACUGGAUCACUGCCAUCUGAACUGUUACAGUUUUUUUUCAUGUGUUUGUACGUGUUUUGAUUUUUUGACGCCAUCGAUCCCACAAUUGUGGGUAAUGGAUGAAGCUGAAGGUAUUAAGGUACGCUUUGCGAUGUAGCCACAUCUUUUAUCAACAAUGUAGAAAUUCAACUAAUUGACAAAAUAUUUAAUCUCAAUCAUGAAAAUUAUGACAUCUUCAAAAAAUAUAUUUUCUUGACAAAUUGAAUAUGAUUGACU